UCGGCGAACAAGUGGGUGUGGGUGGGUAGGCAAAGCAGAGCAACCCAGCACCAGCGUUCAGGACCCCCCAACAGCUAUGGCAGCGGAGGGCCAGGCGAUCAGAGUUUCCAGCCAGAGUUAUGGAGCUGUUGAUCAGAUGUCUCAUGCCUCUGCUGAAGGAUAUUUCGGUGCCAUCGUUCCUGAUGACAUUACCAGUGGAGAAGAACCGUCUGCUCCCCCUGCUUAUCCCAUGGACGAUGUCUCUGGCUAUGAAGGCACAGCUCUGGGUGAUGGUGGAGGAAAAGGUUUACCUCCUCCAUCAGAUCUGGUGACUGAUCGUGGAGGUGGGCCCCCUCCAGCCCAAACAGAGUGGAACAUUCCUGCUGUUUCAGAAGAUGCAGCCAAAGAAGCUUUUAUACAGUACGCAGCCAGUAAGUGCUGCUACAGCUCGGCCCCUGCCAAGGAAAUGGUGUUUCGGACUCUGCAGCCAUUCAACACCUACAGAUAUCGGCUAGAGACCUUCACUGAAUCCAGAUCAUCUGAUUGGAAGACAACACCUUACAAGGGUGAAUUUGUUGACUCUUUUUUGCUUGGGCCAGCUCCUUUGCCAUGGACUAUACAAGUGGAAGUCCCUACCAUCUUCACAGACCACAUAACCAGAGUCAAAGUGCCUCACACGUCUUCAUUAAAGGGCUGCCACAAUUGUCGAUGUUCAGGUACAAUUCGCUGCACAAAGUGUCAUGGAAGAGGAAAGGUACAGUGCUGGAUUUGUCAUGGGUCUGGGAAUCAACUGAGUAAGGACAGGUGCACACACUGCAGAGGUUCUGGACGGAGCAGAUGCAACAGUUGUUCUGGUUCAGGCCACAAAACCUGCAUAACGUGUGCAGGAAAAGGACAGUUGCUGUACUACAUUGAGCUUCAAGUCAAAUGGAAGAACAACAUUUUUGAAUACGUGGCGGACCAGAGAUCUGGGUUUCCUGCUGAUCUCUUCAAGGAGGUCACUGGGCAGAAGAUGUUUGUUGAUGAACAGUCCAUGGUUUAUCCUGUUGUGAAUUUUCCUGAUCCUUCCAUAAGUCAGGCUUCCCAAAAUGCUCUUGUGCAACAUCACACUCAGUUUGCAUCCACAUCUCGUGUACUGAGACAGAGGCAAACUAUUGAGCUGAUUCCUCUGACUAAAGUGGAAUACGAAUGGCAAGGGAAACGGCAUUCCUAUUAUGUGUAUGGAGAUGAAAAUAGGGUGUAUGCAGAGAACUACCCCAAAAAGUGCUGCUGCUCCAUUAUGUGACUGACUGAUCACUUCUCAGAAUGCCAAAGACAAUGGCUGUUGUCCAGAACCAUAUAAGGAAAGGAUUCAUCUAGUACUAUUUUUGUUUUGUUUUGGUCAAUAGAAGUUCAUUGAUUUGCAUGUAUGGGGCAGGCUGCCGCAGGAAGAAAAUGGGGGAGCAAAAGGUUUGUCAAGUUGAUUAUUCAGUUCCAGGACUGGAUCCUGUAUAUAUGUCACAAUCCCUGUGGGCCACUGGGGGUUUGCUGUGGCUCUCCCUGUCCCGCCCUUGCCACUAGUAGAAUGCAAACUCAACUUUGGAUUACAGUACCAUUUAGUUUCUGCACUAUGUGUGGGCCUGGCCUAAUCUACUUUUCCUCAGACUUCACUGGGUCUCCCGGCGUUAAUAAGGUCUACAUUUUUAUUAGUAAGGAAAUACAAGGAAAACAGGUCCUAGAUCUGUCUUCCAUUAUCAGUAGUAGUAAAAAUGAUGUGACCCAACAGUCUGCUCUGUGUUACACUAGGGAAACCCACUGACUUCAGUGAAGUUGUAUCAGUGUAAAUCAAACCACAUUUUGGACUGAAGAUAUUAACGGUGGUGUGGAUCAAGGAGUGGUGGUUAGUACGUGGCUGCACUCCAGUAAUGCUGACUACAAAUUUCCCUUUGUUGUUUGUGGAUUCUUUUAUUUUUAUCACAACUGAGAGUUCAGUGAUAAUAUGGUACCAGGCACAAGUUGAAAACGUUUUGCUGUGAACCUUCAGAGUUUGUGACAAACAGCAGAUGGAUGGUAGUGAUGCAUCUGACAUUUUUAGAAUGUCUGUCUCCACUGCAGUGCUUGGCUUGCUGGUUCAGCCAUCAAUAAUCUUGUCUGUGCCAAACAUAGAGGCAGCAUUUUAACUCUUCUAAUAGAAUCUCCAACUGAAGAUAAACAGAGAAGGAAAUAGGACAAAUUGUGGAUAUUUUUUAAUUAAGCGUAUAGGGCCUGACCAAAAGCCUCUUGAAGUCAAUGUGAAUCUUUCCAUGACUUCAGUGGAUCAGGUCUAUAAUGCAUAUUGUUAAUCACCCACUAUCAAAUUCUAAUCUUUCUUGCUGCUGAGUUUUCAGCAUGUUUGGAUCGUACCUCAUUUGCCAUGUGACUGUGAGACACACACACACACACAUCUAUAGUUUCUCUUUCUGUACAAAUGUCAUAGUAAUACAAGAUGACUAGGUAGUAUUCCUGUUAAGAAUAAAUUUAUCUGGGCAUUUGUGCCAACAACACUAUAGUAGUAAUGCCGAAGUGUUUACUUGCACGUGCUUGUCAAAUCCAGUUUUUGUAGGUGAGAUAUAACCAGGGUGGACUGCAUUGUUCUUUUAAAUAGUUAAGUGGGAUUUAGUGGUAGUGAUAAGAGAAGCUAUUUGUUCACAUAUCCACUGUAAGCAAUGGAAGUUUAAGCAUCCUCCUAUUCUGCUAACACAUUGUCAGUGUGCCCUAACCUUGACCUGGAGGGAUCAACUCUGGGGCUAAGAUGGUACCCAGCUGCCAUACCACUCAGCCUUUGUCCUCUGCUAAGACUGUCAAUAGUUCUAACUGGUGUCAGUUUAUUGUUAUUACUAUUAGUUGUGUUGCAUGGGAGCCCCACUCAUGAACCAGGACCCCACUGUGUUAGGCACCAUACAAACCUGGAACAAAAAGUGAGCCCCUGCCCCAAAGAACUUACAAUUUAAGUAAGAGUUUACAAUCCAAUUUUGCUGGUUUUGUCCACUAGGAAAUGGACUGAAAUCACUAACCAAUUUUGCAUAAGACAGGGAAAGGCCAUCAGCUUUGGUGACUCACUUGGAAAUGACCUAGACCAGAGGUGGGCAAACUAUGGCCCGCGAGCCACAUCCGCUCGCAGGACCUUCCUGCCCGGCCUCUGAGCUCCAGGCCCGGGCGGUUAGCCCUAGCCUCUCCCCCGCUGCCUCAGCUCGCUGCGCCACCGGUUCAAUGCUCUGGGCGGCGGGGAUCCUCCAGAGCUGCGGCCUGUCCUGGCACUCUGGGCAGCGCGGCUGUAGUGCCACCAGCCACCGGUGCUCCAGGCAGCGCGGUAAGGGGGCAGGGAGCAGGGGAGGGUUG